CCCUUCAAAGCGCAAGCUAGGCAGAGGUGGAAAGGAUGGCGGAGAUGGAAGUAAGGAAUCUACCGCUCUCACCUACACAGAGAGCGAAGCUAAUAUCGGCAGGCUACACUACUCUUUCAUCCCUGUCUGCACUCUCUCCCCCUCACCUCGCUCGCGACUUGAAUAUUUCUGAGUACGAAGCACUUGAAAUUCUGAAGGUGGUCGCUUCACAAAGCAGUAGGACAUUUGAUGGAACUAAAGCUAUUGUAGUCGGUGCACAGACUGCCUGGGACAUGCUUCAUGAGGAAGACUUCAUCACUCGAAUUACUACAUCCUGCACAGAGCUAGAUAACAUUUUGGGCGGUGGAAUAAGUUGCAAAGAAGUUACUGAAAUUGGUGGAGUACCAGGCAUUGGGAAAACACAACUGGGGAUUCAGCUUGCGGUUAAUGUUCAGAUUCCGGUUGAUUAUGGUGGCCUAGGAGGAAAAGCAAUUUAUAUAGAUACAGAAGGUAGCUUCCUUCCUGAGCGCGUUUUCCAAAUUGCAGAUGCAUGCAUCAAGGACAUGGUGGAAAACUGUCCUUUUCAACAGAAGAAUUUUCAAGCUUGCCAAGACAAAUUACAACCGAAUGCUUUCUUGGAAAACAUAUUCUAUUUCCGGAUAUGCAGUUAUACUGAGCAAGUUGCGUUGAUAAACUACUUAGACAAGUUCAUUUCGGAGCAUAAAGAUGUUAAAAUUGUAAUUAUCGAUAGUGUUACUUUUCACUUCCGCCAAGAUUUUGAUGACUUGGCUCUUCGGACUCGAGUACUUGGUGGAUUGGCACUGAAAUUGAUGAAACUUGCUCAAAAAUUCAAUUUGGCGGUUGUGAUAUUGAACCAAGUCACCACAAAGUUCAGUGAAGGUUCAGUUCAGUUAGCUCUUGCUCUAGGUGAUAGUUGGUCUCAUUCCUGUACGAAUCGGAUAAUUCUGUACUGGAAUGGGAAUGAAAGAUAUGCAUACAUUGACAAGUCACCCUCAUUAAGGUCCGCUUCGGCACUGUAUUCCAUUUGUGGCAAAGGGGUGCGAGGUGCUGCUUCAAAUUGUAAAAGGGUCAAAAUGAUGUAAUAUAUGAUGGGAACUGGCUG